UUUUGCUUUACAAAAAGUACAAAUUCUUGGCUUCAUACAUUGGUCUUUCUCUCUCUAAAGUUCAAAGUUUUAAACAAAAGAAAACCCAACCUUCUCUCUCCUCACAAAAACCUUUCUCUGCAAAACCAAAAAGCAGAAAACAAAACACGUCCAACGACAACACGCAACGCACAAAACGACUAACCAACACCAAAACGCAAACACUCUCCUCAAAACGACAAUCCCCACAAAACAACACAACCACCGUCCUCCACCGUCCUUCGUCUUUCCUUUUUCUCAUAAGUGUCGAUGGCAGAGUUUGGAAACAACGCGAAUACGACGUCGUCUAGAUUCUCCUUCUUUAACCGAUCCUUGACGACGCUUCGGAAGGAAAAGCCGUCGCAGAAGCCGCCGCAGCUGGAGCGAUCGCUGACGAAGUUAGGAGGAUCCCCUCGAGGCGGCGGGAGCGUCGUGAAGAGGCUCUGCACCUUCUUUGAGCCGGCGAAACCUUCGUCUCCGGAACAUCAACAGCGCCACCACAAGCUUAAACCCUCGAAAUCCAUCGAAGCAUCAGAAUCCUCCAUCAAUUCUCCGACGAAAUCGAUUGAUUCCUCGCCGGCGAUUCGGUUGCCGGGGACGGAGGAUCGGAUCGUGUUGUAUUUCACCAGCUUGCGCGGUAUUAGGAGGACCUACGAGGACUGCUACGCGGUGAGGAUGAUAUUUCGAGGAUUUAGGGUUUGGGUUGACGAGCGUGAUAUUUCGAUGGACGCGAAUUACAGAAAGGAGUUGAUGAGCGUGUUGGGGGAGAAUGGGAAGAGGAAGGGACAGGUGGCGCUUCCUCAGGUGUUCAUCAGGGGGCGGCACGUGGGGAGUGCCGACAUCAUCAAGUACAUGUACGAGGUGGGGGAGCUCGGGAAGGUUCUGGAAGGGUUGCCAAGGACAAAGGGUGGGUUUGUGUGCGAGAGUUGUGGAGAUGUGAGGUUUGCACCUUGUGGGAAUUGCAGUGGGAGUAGGAAGGUGUUUGAUGAGGAUGAAGGGGUGUUGAAGAGGUGUUUGGAGUGUAAUGAGAAUGGGUUGAUAAGGUGUCCUAAUUGUUGUUCUUCUUGAAGUUUGAUGAAAAAGAGAAAUUUGAAACCUUGUUGGUGUGUGUAGUUGUUAUUGGCAUAGAACUUAGAUGCAGUUCUUUACGUGUUUCUGGUGUUGUUAUCUAAUCAGGAUUAGAGUUUUACAUGGACGGUACAAGUUUUGCAUUCUGGGUUUGUCAUUUUGAAGCUUCAGUUUUAGGUUUUUUGGCACUUUGUCCAAUCAGAAUUGGAGAGGUUUGCAUUGAAGAUUAGAUCAACGAAGACUGUUAUAGUGAAGCUCCAAUUUGACCUGUUUUUGGUGUUGUUAUCUAAUCAGAAUGGAAGUUUCAUGGGUGGAAUAAUGGAUUGCAUGAAGGAUGUUAAACUCAGAUUUUGAUUGGAGGAUGAUGACAUGAGAGCAUUUGAGGAACUGUGUUUAGGUUUUGUGGUAGUUUGUUGCAUAUGUAGGAUUCUCAAGUUUAGGCGUGUGAAGGUGUUUGGGGGGAAAGUGUUUGGUUAAGGUUAUGUGGUGAUGAUUCAAAGCACUCUUUGAAUUUUUUUUCCAUGGGUGUUUUUUUUUGUUAUCUGUCAUGAGCUGAUGAUGGUUUCUCUGUUCAGCUCCUUGAACUGCAUUUUGUUCAAGAGUGUGAUUUUUAUCUUCCACACAGGAAAACAACAAAUACCAGAUGUGUUUGUAUGAUGUCUGUUAUAUUGUACUUCAUUCACAGUCCUGAGGAGUUUUUUCUCCUCGACACAAUGUAAAUAUUUAGUAAUAUCAAAAGGGUUUGCAAAUAUUCACCAUUAAAGUUUGUAUUUGUU